CGCAAGAGAACUUCCUGCCAUGGAUCUCAGAGGCGGAGGAGCGCGUAAGCAAGCUGCCGCCCGCUGUCUUCACCAAACGCGACGUGGAGAAGCAGCUGCGAGAACUGCAGAGCAUCAGGAAUGACAUCUGGAAGAGGUCGGCGAAUAUGAGAACAACAAGACCCUCGGAGAGACGUUCAUCUCAGCGUGCGACGUGGACCAAGACAUCGUGCGCUCUCAGCUUGACAGCAUGAAGCAGAGAUGGGACCGCCUUAACAACGAGGUCCUCCAACAAGUGGAAUUCCUGGAAUCCACCGCGCGCAAGCUCGGAGACUUCCAAGAGCGCGUACGCGCCGUCGAGACGCCAUUACAACGCUGUGAGGAGCGUCUGCAAGACGCUUUGGGGGCGCCACCGGCGCAAGCGGCUGAGGCUGUAGCUAGAGUUGCUGACACUGUGCAGGCACUGAGGGCGCCACUGCAGAGUGUAAACUCCGCAGUGGACGACAUAGUGACCAUGGCGCACGAGAUGUCCGGGCCGGACGCGGGCGGACGCGCGCGCCACGUGCUGGACGCCACGGCGGGCGCGCUGGCCGAGCGCCUGCACGAACUCGACGCCCGGGCCAGCGAGGCCAGGGACAGGCUCAAGGGCGCCGCUAGCGCUAUGACGCACUUCCAGGAGAAAGUCAAGAGCCUAUCAGCCGACCUCUCCGACCUGGAAAAGGAGCUGGACACAAUGAAGCCACCCGGCCGCGACAUCAAGACCGUCCGUCAACAGCUGGAUGACGUCACUCGCUUCUACAAGAAGCUGGAGAGAGCUGAUGAUGUUGUCGCUGACGUUGAGCGAGCGGCUGAAGGGCUGGUUGAUAGUGGAUAUGCUGGUGAUGCUGCUAAGACUAGGGACCAGGUGGAAGGUCUCCGCAAACAGCUGGGCAAGCUGGAUGAGCGCGCCCGUGCUCGCGAGCAAGACUUGGACGACACACUCAGCAAGCUGGAAGCCUUCUACAAGGCUUACGACUCCGUCAUGGACGAUGUUCAGGAGGCCUCCGAACAAGUCCGCAGCCUCAAGCCCGUAUCCUCGGAAGUCGAGCAGAUCCGCGCCCAGCAGAAGGACUUCGCUGAACUGCGUCGCCGCACACUAGAACCACUCGGACAAAAUGUGGCUCACUGCAACAAGAUAGGGCAAGGGCUGGUGCGCUCAGCGCUAGCUGCUGUGUCUACUCAACAGCUGGAGAAGGAUUUGGAGAAGAUGAAUGACAAAUGGAACGCGCUUAAGGAAAAGAUGAACGAGCGCGAACGUCGCCUGGACGUGGGUCUGUUACAAUCCGGCAAGUUCGCCGAGGCGCUGGCUGGCCUAGACAAGUGGCUGUCCGACACUGAAGACAUGGUGCGCAACCAGAAACCACCCUCCGCCGACUAUAAGGUGGUCAAGGCUCAGCUGCAGGAGCAGAAGUUCCUCAAGAAGAUGUUGCUAGACCGCCAGAACAGCAUGUCUUCGCUAUUCGCGAUGGGCAACGAGGUAGCGGCCGGUUGCGACAGCGGAGAACGCAAGGCCAUCGAGAAGCAACUGAAGGGACUUAUGCAGCGGUUCGACGCGCUUACCGACGGCGCUCAGCAGCGUAUGCUUGACCUGGAGCAGGCCAUGAAGGUCGCCAGACAAUUCCAAGAAGAACUACAGCCGCUUGUUGAGUGGCUGACCACCACCGAGCGCAAGGUCAAGGCGCUGGAACUGGUGCCGACCGAUGAGGAGAAGAUCCAGGUCAAGAUCAGAGAGCACAAG